GGAAGCGGCGGCGGCUGCGGCGGCUGCGGCGGCGGGGAAGGCAGUGGCGGAGGAGGUUUUCAGACCUGCGACUUCAGAGCGGCCCAGGGAAAAGGCGCGUUGUCGGGGUGGGGCGGGCCUGAGGAAACGCUCCAAGGCCCAGUUGGCCCUACCAGUGCCCCCUGGCAGUCCCCGCCCCUCCCUCACCGACCCAGCGACCGGGAUGCAGACCUCAGAGCGUGAGGGGUAUGGGCCGGAGGUGAGCCCCAGCGUGAUUCCCGAGGCUCCCCCUGAGCUUCCACCUGCUCCUACCAAGUCCCCAACGUUUGAUCUUUUCAACUUGGUUCUGUCCUACAAGAGGCUGGAAAUCUACCUGGAACCCCUGAAGGACGCAGGUGAUGGUGUCCGGUAUUUGCUCAGGUGGCAGAUGCCGUUGUGUUCCUUGCUGACCUGCCUGGGCCUCAACAUCUUGUUCCUCACCUUGAAUGAGGGUGCCUGGUACUCGGUGGGUGCCCUGCUGAUUUCAGUGCCCGCCCUGCUGGGCUACCUUCAGGAGGUUUGCCGGGCGCGGCUUCCUGAGUCUGAGCUGAUGCGGAGGAAGUAUCAUAGUGUGAGGCAGGAGGACCUGCAGAGGGUUCGCCUGUCCCGCCCCGAGGCCGUGGCUGAGGUGAAGAGCUUCUUGAUCCAGCUGGAGGCCUUCCUGAGCCGCCUGUGCUGCACCUGCGAGGCUGUCUACCGCGUGCUGCACUGGGAGAACCCCACCGUGUCCUCACAAUUUUAUGGGGCUCUUCUGGGCACGGUUUGCAUGCUGUAUCUGCUGCCGCUGUGCUGGGUCCUUGCCCUUUUAAACAGCACCCUCUUUCUGGGGAAUGUGGAGUUCUUCCGAGUGGUGUCUGAGUAUAGGGCAUCUCUGCAGCGGCGGAUGAACCCCAAGCAGGAGGAGAAUGCCUUCGAGAGCCCGCCACCGCCUGAUGCUGGGGGGAGGGGCAUCCUGACCGACUGCACACCUGUGCCCACACCCACAGAGGACCUCACGCCAGGCAGCGUGGAGGAGGCUGAGGAGGCCGAGCCCGAUGAGGAGUUUAAAGAUGCAAUUGAGGAGACCCGCUUGGUGGUGUUGGAGGAUGAUGAGGGGACCCCAUGCCCAGCAGAGGACGAGCUGGCCCUGCAGGACAACGGGUUCCUGAGCAAGAAUGAGGUGCUGCGCAGCAAGGUGUCUCGGCUCACGGAGCGUCUCCGCAAGCGGUACCCUACCAACAACUUCGGGAGCUGCACGAGCUGCUCGGCCACUUUCUCAGUGCUGAAGAAGAGGCGGAGCUGCAGUAACUGUGGAAACAGCUUCUGCUCUCGGUGCUGCUCUUUCAAGGUGCCCAGGUCCUCCAUGGGGGCCACAGCCCCUGAAGCCCAGAGGGAGACUGUGUUUGUGUGUGCCUCGUGUAACCAGACCUUGAGCAAGUGAGAAGAGAGAGGGGCCAGGGGUCCAAGUGGGCGCCUGUCCCUGGGGCCAGCAGUAGACCUCACUCUCCCCACCCCUAGCUCUGUGUGGCGUGUGCUGGGCAAAUGUGGCCUGAAUGCUAGGUAGGCCUCCCCUUCCUGUCCUCACCGUCUCCGGCCGGGCUCUAGAACUGCUCUCCACCACUGCCGACGGCCAGUAAUGGCCGUUCUCGAACCCUAGAUGGGAAGGAGCCCCUGGAGGGACUGGUGUGUUUGCUCUACUCUGCCCUGGGCCAAGUGAGUGGACAGGGCUGGGCAGGGAAUAUAAGCCAGGGGGCAGCUGUGAGCCAGGCCUGGUCUUAACUGGGCUCUCUGAGGCUCAGGGCAUCUCUGGAAGCCUGGGAAUUCUAGGCCAGAGGUCAGAGGUUGGGAAAAGAGAUUCUCCCCUGCUGGUUUUUGGGCCAAGCCCCUGGCCUUUGAGAGCCUCAGAAGGGCUUGUGUCAUGCCCCAGCUCUACUGUCUCGAUAUCCCUCCAGGCGUCAGGAUCUUAUUUCCCCACCAGAAGGUGUGGCCAGGGCUGACAAGACCAAAAAUACUUCUAGAAACAGGGUUGAAGUUUCCGAGUUUCCCCAGAGGAGGAUGGGUCUGGGAGGGCCUGGUAGAGUCUGUUAGUAUAAAGCAGAGCUAAACAUGGGGAACCCCCACAGCUCAGAGGGCCUCAGACCCACCUUGCAGAGACUUUGGCUUACAGAAUCUCAGGCCACAUCUUCCCGUGGUGUCUUCUGCUCCACUGGGUAGGUGCCAGGCGCUCAGAACACUCCUGCUCCCCUUGUUCAGAGCCUCAGGCACCUCCUCUGGCUCAGAGUCACACUUCCCCUCCCUGGCCCCUUGUCCCAUGGAGAAUGAAAUCAGGUGAGCAGAGCAGAGGUCCUGAAGCCCUCGGCCCUAGGGGGCCUGGGAAGUGUAGGAUCCCACUGGGCUGGGUCCCAGAUCCCAGGGCUGUACCCCAGCAGGACAGUCUCAGUUAAGGGCUAAGGCCACUAAAGGUCCCCGUCCUCUCUCCAACAAUUUCACGUUCACUUCUGGGCUCUUAGGGGCACAGUGUCUCUCCCUUUGCCAUGAGCGGGCUCAGGCACCCCUUCCGUCCCCCAGGAGCUGGCCUGCUGUUUUGAAGUAUUUAUUUAUUUAUUGCGUGGUUCCUGGGAACACAUGGCACAAGGAAUGGAAUGAGGAGGGUGGGGGGCUUCUCCUACCCUUGGAUGCUUCCCUGGAGUCAUGGGCUGCCUGGGACCCAGAGCCCCUGGGAGGUGGAGACAUUUCUAUAUGCUGAGCAGGGACCUGAGGAGGCAAGCUAGGGACACAAGGAACAUCUUAGGCUGCUUUCUCUCCAGGCCAACCAGUCUAGGAGCUGGGGGCCUGCUCCAGGCCAAGGGGAUGAAAGUCCCUGGGGAACCAGGCAGGCCUUGGUAACCCCCUUCCUCAGGUUCCUUUGUCCUCUAAGAGGUGAGAGUUACAUACCCCCACUUUAUUUACACUGGAGAGGAACUAAAAGGAUGUCUGUGUAUAUGGAGAAUUGUCAAUAAAAAGGCCUCAAGCUUUCUA